AUGUCGACACACCUCAAACGCACCCUUCAUGACAAUGAGGCCGAAGCCCAUGAGACCUUCACAUCAUCACCCAUUACCGAUCGCUCCUCGACUUUCAUCGCUCACUUUCACCCCUACAUCCCGGCCGGUGAUCAUGGGUUUUUGAUACCCAAAUCAACCUCUUUCACUUCAGAUAUUAAAUCCUUCCAAUCUCAUCCAGCAUUCUCAUUUGCAGAUCAUCGCAUGGUUGCAUGGCGCCGGCCAUCAUCACAGCGGACGCUCGGGACUGGGGCCAUCAAUGCUCCAAUAACGACAACCGGCAAGACCGUCAACACAACAGGUUCCGACGACGACGGCGAGAAACAUGCCGGCAAACGUCUGGAACGGGUCCUAUCAGAUCUCGAUGUCCACGGCGUAGUCGUCGUGGCGCGCUGGUAUGGUGGGACCCUCCUUGGCCCUAUACGCUUCACGCACAUUGAGAACGUCGCCAAGGAGGCGAUAACGAAAUGGAAGUCAAGUCGGCCAAGUAUCGGCGACGAUGUGAAGCGGCGGAAAGUAGGUGUCCAAGACGACGUCAUGGAUAUCAGCGCGCAGCAAGAGGACACCACCCAGCGCGCGAAAUUAGCCAAGCAGCUUGCAGAGCGAGAUAAUAGCAUCGCCGUGCUGAGAGGGUUACUCGCGGAGAAGACAGCAAAUCUUAACUCCAAAUCGAGUUCGAAUUUCGUGGACCCACACAAAUCGGAAUCGUCGGAGACGGCUUCCAUACCAACAAGCGGGAGCUCACCUCCGGCAGCAAGUGCAAGUCCGUCGGCGAAGAAGAUCGAGUACAGCGAAAUGCCGCUGCAGAGGCUUCGACAGCUCGAGAAAGCGCGGGAUGCAACGAUUUCGUUUAUCCUCAAGCAGAUUGACAAAGCGGAAGAAGAGGAGAGGAAGUGGAAGGCCUCGAAUGAGGGCGAGGAUGAGAGCGAGAGAUAG